GUGUCAUUGUUUGUGUAUUGCAGUUGCUUGGCUCAGGGUGGCGAGUUUGCGCUGUCCUCGACACUCACUGACCUCCUGAGUCCCGCUGUGUGUGUGUGUGUGUGCGUGUGUGAAGCGAUCAGCUGUCUGUCAUAAACCAACACAACAGCACACGCUUCUCCAGAACACACCAGCCAGCAGGAGCGAACCAGACGGCGCACGCACAGAGGCGCUGGCGACAGCUGAGUUGGGUCUUCAGUUAUGCACAGCUAGACUUGAAGCAAAGCGAGCCAAUAUCCGCGUCAAAAUGGGCUGGUGUACGGGGGAACUAACGUGAAAACAUCCUCAAAUUGAUUUAGCCGAGUGUUGUACUUGAACCACGGCGUGCGGUCCACGGGAUGUUCUGAAGUAUCUUGUUUACUCUCGAAGCUUUUGCAUUAAAGCAAAAUGUACACGUUUGACAGCCGUUCGUAACAUUUCGUCCACGCUGAAUAUGAGAGAGGACAUAAUGACGGCUGUGCGCGGAAAUCUUUCUCAAACAGCAGGUGCCUCGGGACAAAAGGAUAGCGGACAAACUGAACCAACCAACGGGGCGAUUCCUUCCAUCUCACCCGCGGAGCUCAGCCAGGACUCCCCGUCCUGCACCAGCGAACUGACACGCACGUGGCUGCAGUUCGCCAAGACCUUCGUCAUUAUCUUUCCCAUAUAUGUCUUGGGUUAUUUUGAGUUCAGUUUUAGCUGGCUUUUAAUCGCACUCACGAUAUUUUUCUUUUGGAGAAGAAACACGAGAUGUAAGAACACUAGGUUGAAUAGAGCACUUUCCUUUUUUGAGCAAGAGGACACGGUUAAACAGGAGCUGGAGGCAACUGAGUUACCAUCAUGGGUUCAUUAUCCAGAUGUGGAGAGAGUAGAGUGGCUAAAUAAGACAGUGAAACAAAUGUGGCCUUAUGUGUGUCAGUUUGUGGAGAAGCUGUUUAGAGGAACAAUCGAGCCAGCAAUCAAAGAAGCCAAUGCCCACCUCAGUACAUUCAGCUUUACCAAGAUUGAUCUCGGAGAUAAGCCUCUCAGAAUCAAUGGGGUCAAAGUUUACUCCGAGAACGUGGACAAACGGCAGAUCAUCAUGGACCUUCAGAUCAGCUACGUUGGAAAUACUGAAAUCGAUGUGGAUGUCAAAAGGUACUACUGUAGAGCAGGGAUCAAAAGUAUACAGCUACAUGGAGUUCUGCGGGUGAUUCUUGAGCCACUUUUGGGGAAUAUGCCGCUGGUUGGUGCUCUUUCCCUCUUCUUCCUCAAGAAGCCACUCUUGGACAUAAAUUGGACAGGCCUCACAAAUAUAUUGGACAUUCCAGGGCUUAAUGGCUUUUCAGACCAGAUGAUUCAGGAUAUUAUCAGCACUUACAUGGUGUUGCCUAACAGGAUCACUGUACCACUGAUAGGUGAGGUUGAACUCGAACAGCUCCGUUUCCCCAUGCCAAAGGGAGUUCUAAGGAUUCAUUUUCUUGAAGCUCAGAAUCUGGAAGUUAAGGACACAUAUCUGGGCGGGCUGAUCAAAGGCAAGUCUGACCCCUAUGGCAUGCUGCUGGUCAGCAAUCAGCUUUUUCGAAGCAAGACGAUCAAAGAAUGCCUGGACCCCAAAUGGAAUGAAGUGUAUGAGGCACUAGUAUAUGAACAUUCAGGACAACAUCUGGAAAUUGAGCUCUUCGAUGAAGACCCAGAUAAAGAUGACUUCUUGGGCAGUCUAAUGAUUGACUUGAGUGAGCUUCAUAAAGAACAGAAGGUUGAUGAGUGGUUUGACUUGGAAGAAGUUACUACAGGCAAACUUCAUCUGAAAUUAGAGUGGCUGUCAUUGUACCCGAGUACUGAAAAACUAGAUCAAGUAUUACGGAGCAUAAGGACUAAUGAAAAUCUUUCCUCAGCUCUGCUAGUUGUUUACCUGGACUCAGCCAGCAAUUUGCCGAGUGUCUUUGAGGGCAGUUUUGGCUGUGGAAACCUAAAGGAGAGGAGGGCCUCUGGUCUAGUCUUUUGUGAGAACCCCGACUCUCUCUAUAGAACGUUAUUUUCUGGGAAGAAAGUGAGCAUAGAUCCAAAUCCUUUUGUCAAACUGACUGUAGGACAAAAGAUGUACACAAGCAAGGUGAGAUAUAAAACCAGUGAGCCGCUGUGGGAGGAGGCUUUUCACUUCCUUAUCAAUGACCCCCGCUCUCAGGAACUGGAAAUUGAGGUGAGGGAUAGUAAGCACAAGUGCUCUCUGGGAAUGGUGCGGGUGGCACUUGGUUCUCUCCUGAAGGAAGCAGACAUGACGCUGAAUCAGCAGUUCCCCCUGCAGAACUCUGGCCCCAACAGCACCCUCAAACUCAAAAUGGCUCUCAGGGUCCUCUGUUUAGAGAAGGAGGUCACAUCCAGCCAGCCGUCUUCUGUCCGAGUCAGGCACACUAGUCAAAAUAACGCUUGCAUGUCCCCACAACCUCAAACAUCCACCAGCACCAGCAACUCCACAGUCAUCCAGCCGUCACACAACCCAUCUUGUACCCUUGCACCGGACACCCCUCAAGGGAAAAGAGGAUCGGACGGCUCCCCGGUGCGGUUAGCAGAGACACGCCGCAGCGUCUCCAGUCUAGAGAUAAGCAGCUCGCACAAGCAUCAGUCUCACAGAGACUCUACGCCUAGCCUGGCCUCUGAUAUUUCGCUCCCCUCUGCCACUCUGGAACUCCACCAGAGGUUACAGCAGCUACAAAACGGCUUUGGGCUGAGUCAGUAUCCACUCGGUGAAGUCCAGCUCACUAUCCGACACAGCUCACAAAGGAAUAAACUUAUUGUAGUGGUUCAUGCCUGCAGAAACCUCAUAGCGCUGUCUAAAGAUGGCUCAGACCCAUAUAUCCGCCUGUACCUGUUACCAGACAAGAGCCGGAGUGGCCGCAGGAAAACCAGCACACUCAAGAAGACGCUCAAUCCUAUCUACGACCAGUCCUUUGAGUUCAGUGUGUCUAUAGUGGAACUGCACAGGAGAACUUUGGAUGUGGCUGUCAAGAAUGGAGGAGGACUGUUGUCCAAACACAAAGUACUACUGGGCAAGGCAAUUGUGGACUUGGCAAGUGAAGACAUUUCUAAAGGAUGGACCCAAUGGUAUCAUCUGACUGAGGAUGGAUCGAAGAAGAUAAUUCAGACGUAGUGGGCCAUGCUAGAAAGCAGGAAGGAACGGAACAGCAGAUAAGUGGGACAUGCCACGGCACGCACAGGAUAAUGCAGAAGCUUCAGUAGCAGAAGAGCAGCGCUGGACUAACUAAACCAGGCUACUUCUACUGGGAUUUACACUGGCCUACAAAGUGUCUCUCUCAUUCUCACCAAAGCUAAAAUUGCCACAUUAAGCGCCAAUGUCCCGCUUACUCACACUUUCUCUAAGGAUUCAUUCUGAUCGUCUUUUUUGUUUUGUCUGCUUGUUUUUGUUUUAUGCUUUUAUUUUGUCGUCUUGGUGUUUGGACACAGAAUUUCACUUUUUUACCAAAUAAAAAUGGUUACCAUUGAAGUUAAGAAACAACAGUAUAAAAAAGAUCAUUAGAUUUAUUAAUAAAUGUGCCUUUAUUUAUUGUAUUUAAGUUAUUUUGAUAAUUUGAAACGUUUUGAUUUGUAAGUUUAAUACUAUGUUUUGUAAGCAAUCAAAAUCAUAUCAGAAAAAAAUAUCAGACGUUGUUAUUGUAGCAUUAUUGUUUGUUUGAGGCAGUAUAUUACACAAAACACAUGGCUAAAGACAUGGUUGCAAGUGGAAAAAAGGGUACAUGUAUACGUAUGUAUGUAUAUAUGUAUGUAUGAACGUUAAUGUUUUCUUAGAUUUUAUGCUGCUUUUUUCUAUCACAUACAGUUACGGAAAGUUAUAUCGGGCUCCUCAUAAAUUAUGCAUUUAUAAUUUGUUUUAAAAGUAUUUUACUGUAUCCUGUUGCACAACACAAACUGAAAAGCCUGUACAGAAAUGUUUGAUAUCUAUUUUGUUUGCAAGAGUUUUAUGAGGAAAGGCAAAAUGUGUAUUUAGUAUGUGACGUUUGUAAGAUGAGAAUAGCUUGGUUACAAAGUGUUUUGCUAAUGGAUUGUUUAAAGACUGUGAAAUGGCUGUUGAUAUGAUUCCCAGCCUUAUUAUUCUCUAUGCAUUAUGCAUGAUAUCAUUAAAAUAAGAAAUUCAACUUGAAUCACAAUGAACUUGUAACUUAAAGGGCCUGAAUGCAUUUUAUUAUCUUAAUUGUUUUAAGUUAUUUUAAUAUUGUGUCUAUUCAUACUUCUGUUUUUGAUGAUUUAUUUUAACAAGGUUGUAUGGAAGGUGUUGAGGCAACCUAAUAAAAUA